GAGAGAGGGAAAUAGGUUUGGGAAGAGGGAGAAAAAUGUGAAGGAAAAGAUGGCGUGCUUUCUGGGCAUAAACAUAAACAUAAACAUAAAGGCUCAUAAAAGCACCCUCUGAGCCACCCUGUCACAUAGUCCCCUACUCUCCCCCUACACUAACCCCACCUUUCUCCUAUUCCUAUAACAAUUAACAGCAACAUCUUCUCAUUUUCAUUUUCUUUAUCUCUCACACACACACACACACACACACAACUGCGUCAGACUCAGACCCUUCAUCAUUCACGUCUCAGACAACACCACCCUCUUGAGAUUCGCGCCUCUUCACCCAUCUUAUUCAAACCAAAGGCCGCCACCAUCUUCUCUGCAUUCAAUUCAAUCCACUUCUUAACACUUCACACGCUUCCUUCUUACCCUCUUCAAUGAAACACUUUUCUUUUCUAAGUCAAGCGUUGCGUUUUUACACAUUCUCGGCAACCACCAACUGUCUCUUGCUCUUACUGUAGCACGCUACACACGCACGCUUUCUUCUGUUCACAUGGAUGACUUCCCAGGAAACGGUGCCGUGGAUUGUCGUUUUGUUUGAAACUCUCUAAGUUCUGUUUUUUUUAUCUUAGUGGGUGUUUUUGGAUUUGGUUUGACGGAGAGGAAAUUAUAAAAAAAGGGGAAAUAAUGAAGUUUAUGAAGUUGGGUUCGAAGCCUGAUGCUCUUCAAGCUGAUGGAAAGUCUGUCAGGUAUAUAUCCUCUGAAUUGGCUACAGAUAUUAUUAUAAAUGUUGGUGAAGUUAAGUUUUACCUUCACAAGUUCCCUCUACUGUCCAAGAGCAAUCACUUACAAAAGUUGGUGUCAAAGGCUAAUGAAGAGAAUUCUGAUGAAGUUCAGUUGGAUGAUUUUCCUGGUGGUCCCAAAGCAUUUGAAAUUUGUGCAAAGUUCUGCUAUGGAAUGACUGUUACCCUAAAUGCUUACAAUGUUGUGGCUGCCCGAUGUGCAGCUGAGUACCUUGAGAUGACUGAGGAUAUUGACAGAGGAAACUUAAUUUUUAAAAUUGAGGUGUUUCUUACCUCAAGUAUCUUUCGUAGCUGGAAGGAUUCUAUAAUUGUUCUCCAAACUACUAAAUAUCUUCUUCCAUGGUCUGAGGAUUUAAAGAUCGUUGGGAGAUGCAUAGAUUCCAUUGCUUCUAAAACUUCUGUGGACCCAGCAAACAUCACUUGGUCUUACACUUACAACCGGAAAUUAUCAGAGCUUGAUAAAAUUGUUGAGGACAAGAUGACACCACAAGGAAAGAUUGAGCCUGUACCCAAGGAUUGGUGGGUUGAAGAUAUAUGUGAGCUGGACAUUGAUCUUUAUAAACGGAUAAUGAUUACUGUGAAAUCAAAGGGAAGAAUGGAUGGCAUUGUGAUUGGCGAGGCACUAAAAACGUAUGCAAUAAGAUGGUUGCCUGAUUCUGUUGAUGCGUUGGUUUCUGAUGCCCAUGCCUGGAGGAACAAAUCUCUGGUAGAAACAAUUGUAUGUUUAUUGCCAUGUGAUAAUGGUGUGGGUUGUUCAUGUAGUUUCUUGCUGAAGCUGUUGAAAGUGGCCAUAUUAGUUGAAGCUGAUGAGUCUUCCAGGGAAGAGUUGAUGAAGAGCAUUGGCCUAAAAUUGCAUGAAGCUUAUGUCAGAGAUUUACUGAUUCCAGCAAGAUUUCCCCAGAUUACCAAGUAUGAUGUUGAUUUGGUGCAAGAUCUAUUGAAUCGAUACAUGACUAACAUAAAGGGCAGCUGGGAUACGAUUGUUGAGGAGAAGAAAGAUAAAGCAAAUGAAGAAUCCAUUUUAGGACAGAGAUCUCUAUUGAAUGUUGGCAAGUUGGUAGAUGGUUAUCUUGGAGAAGUUGCACAUGAUCCAAAUCUCUGCCUCUCUAGUUUUGUUGAUUUAUCUCAGUCAAUUCCAGAGUUUGCUAGACCAAAUCAUGAUGGUCUGUACAGAGCUAUUGACAUCUAUUUGAAGGAGCACCCGAGUCUGACAAAAGCUGAAAGGAAGAAGAUAUGCGGACUGAUGGAUGUCAGGAAAUUAUCAGUCGAUGCAUCAAUGCAUGCUGUGCAGAAUGAACGCCUUCCUCUUCGAGUUGUGGUGCAGGUUCUCUAUUUUGAGCAGGUUAGAGCUUCUGCCAAUGCACGCACACUUGGUAACAAUCCAUGCAAUGGAGACAAGGAAUGUGAGAAACCCGGGGGAGAGAGUUGCCAAUCCCUCAACAACCAGGUGUGUCACUUGAAGAUUAAAGAUGAAGAGUUCCACAAGAAUGGGAAAUUGAACAAGAAGAGUAGCAAAAACAGCAGAAGUGGCAUGCAGUUACUGCCGUCUCGGUCGAGGAGAAUCUUUGAUAAGUUAUGGAUUAUGGGUAAAGGACAAGGAGAGAAUAGGAGCUCAGAGACUUCAGGGAGUUCUAAUAGCCCAACUUCUGUAGUCCCUGGAGAUACCAAAUCAUCUGGUUCAUCGUUAAGACACAGGAGGCAUUCUAUCUCUUAGGGAAAUAUUCAUAAUUUAAACAGGGGAAGGAGAUUCAAAUUGCUGUGAAGUGUAAAGUGUUAGGGUGUUAAUCUUGUAUGUGUAAUGCAUGCCCAGAAUCAUGUAAAGGUCUCGGUAGAAUUGCAAAAAAUUUAAUGACAUUAUAUUGUAUUGUCUGUGUACCAUUUUGGCUAGUGUAUGGUAUUCUUCCAGCCUUCAGAAAUGUUCAUUGGGGGUAGGGGUCUUAAGGUUUUAUUAAGUGUUGCGCUUUUUGUAUAGAUUCAUGAUCCUUAAUUACAGGUGAGAGUUGUGUUAAUGUAACUCCUAUUUUG